CGGCAGCACGAAGUGACUCGCAGCCGCUGCGGGGACUCUGGCUCCAGGCUCCUGGCGAGAUCCCCGAGCCCCGGCGGCUGGUGCUGGGAGCCCGGAGCCCUGGCUGCAGCCGGGAGAGGGGAAUCUCCAGCAGGGCCCUUCCCGCUGCUCCCCAGGAGCCUCUCCCAGGGCAGAGCCCCCAGCCCGGCCAGGCCCCUUCCCGGCCCGGCCCCUGCCCCAGGGGGGCCCCGCUCGGAGGGAAGGCUGAGGAAUCACGCCCACGUUUCGCUCCAGUUUGUCCCAUCUUCCAGGGGACAGGGAAGGGAUAUGUCUGUGAUGGAGCCAGCUCAGAUGCUGGUGACCUUCGAGGAGGUGGCUGUGUAUUUCACCCAGGGGCAGGGGGCUCUGCUGGACCCCACUCAGAGAGCCCUCUACAGGGAUGUCAUGUGGGAGAACUACGAGAUGGUGACCUCGCUGGGAUUCCCCCUUCCCAAACCAGACCUGAUCACCCGGCUGGAACAAGGGGAAGAGCCGUGGGUGCCCGAUCUCCAGGCCUGUGAGGAAAGAGAGAUCCCGAGAGGCGCCCACACAGGUGAUGAGAGAGUGAGUGAGAACGAGGAGGGGAAUCAACAGCAGGAAGUUCCUGGGCACGGGGAAUCACAGGGGACCUCUGUGGGAAGAUCUCAUAAGUGCUUAGACUGUGGAAAAAGUUUCAUGUGGUGGUCACACCUCAUUUUACAUCAGCGAAUCCACACAGGAGAGAGACCCCACAAGUGCUUAAUCUGUGGAAAAAGUUUCAUACGGAAGUCAGACCUUGUUAAACAUCUGGCAAUCCACACUGGAGAGAGACCACAUAAGUGCUUAGACUGUGGAAAAAGUUUCAUACAGAAGUCACAUCUUGUUGUACAUCAGGCAAUCCACACUGGAGAGAGACCCCAUAAGUGCUUAAUCUGUGGGAAAAGUUUCAUACGGAGGUCAGCCCUUCUUAUACAUCAAGCAGUCCACACUGGAGAGAGACCCCAUAAGUGCUUAGACUGUGGAAAAAGUUUCAAACGGAGGUCAGCCCUUCUUAAACAUCAUGCAAUACACACAGGAGAGAAAUCCCAUAAAUGUUUGGACUGUGGGAAAAGUUUCGCACAAAGAUCAACUCUUAUGGCACAUAAGGCAAUCCACACUGGAGAGAGACCCCAUAAGUGCUUAAUUUGUGGGAAAAGUUUCAUACGGAGGUCAAACCUUGUUAAACAUCAAGGCGUCCACACUAGGGACAGACCCCAUAAGUGCUUAGACUGUGGAAAAAGUUUCAUACGGAGUUCAGCCCUACUUGAUCAUCGGGCAAUUCACACAGGAGAGAAAUCCCAUAAAUGUUUGGACUGUGGGAAAAGUUUUGCACAAAGAUCAAAUCUUAUGGCACAUAAAGCAAUCCACACUGGAGAGAGACCUCAUAAGUGCUUAGACUGUGGGAAAAGUUUCAUACAGAGGUCAGACCUUGUUAGACAUCAAGCAGUCCACACAGGAGAGAAAUCCCAUAAAUGUUUGGACUGUGGGAAAAGUUUCACACAAAGAUCAAAUCUUAUGGCACAUAAGGCAAUCCACACUGGAGAGAGACCCCAUAAAUGCUUAAUCUGUGGGAAAAGUUUCAUACGGAGGUCAAAUCUUAUGGCACAUCAGGCAAUCCACACUGGAGAGAGAUCCCAUAAGUGCUUAGACUGUGGGAAAAGUUUCAUACAGAGGUCAACCCUUGUUAAACAUCAGAUAAUCCACACAGGAGAGAAAUCCCAUAAAUGUUUGGACUGUGGGAAAAGUUUCACACAAAGAUCAAAUCUUCUGGCACAUCAAGCAGUCCACACUGGAGAGAGACCCCAUAAGUGCUUAGACUGUGGAAAAAGUUUCAUACAGAGGUCAAUCCUACUUAAUCAUCAGGCAGUCCACACUGGAGAGAGACCUCAUAAGUGCUUAGACUGUGGGAAAAGUUUCAUACGGAGGUCAGACCUUGUUAAACAUCAAGCAGUCCACACCGGAGAGAGAUCCCAUAAAUGCUUCAACUGUGGGAAAAGUUUCAUACAUAGGUCAGUUCUUGUUAAACAUCAGUUAAUCCACACUGGAGAGAAAUCCCAUAAAUGUUUGGACUGUGGGAAAAGUUUCAUGCAAAGAUCAUAUCUUAUGGCACAUCAGACAGUCCACACUGGAGAGAGACCCCACAAGUGCUUAGAUUGUGGGAAAAGUUUCAUACGGAGGUCAGACCUUGUUAAACAUCAAGCAGUCCACACCGGAGAGAGAUCCCAUAAAUGCUUAAACUGUGGGAAAAGUUUCAUACAUAGGUCAGUUCUUGUUCGACAUCAGUUAAUCCACACUGGAGAGAAAUCCCAUAAAUGUUUGGACUGUGGGAAAAGUUUCAUGCAAAGAUCAUAUCUUAUGGCACAUCAGACAGUCCACACUGGAGAGAGACCCCACAAGUGCUUAGAUUGUGGGAAAAGUUUCAUACAGAAGUCACACCUUGUUGUACAUCAGGCAAUCCACACUGGAGAGAGACCCCAUAAGUGCUUAAUCUGUGGGAAAAGUUUCAUACGGAGGUCAGCCCUUCUUAUACAUCAAGCAGUCCACACCGGAGAGAGACCCCAUAAGUGCUUAGACUGUGGAAAAAGUUUCAAACGGAGGUCAGCCCUUCUUAAACAUCAUGCAAUACACACAGGAGAGAAAUCCCAUAAAUGUUUGGACUGUGGGAAAAGUUUCGCACAAAGAUCAACUCUUAUGGCACAUAAGGCAAUCCACACUGGAGAGAGACCCCAUAAGUGCUUAAUUUGUGGGAAAAGUUUCAUACGGAGGUCAACCCUACUUGAUCAUCAGGCAAUCCACACAAGAGAGAAAUCCCAUAAAUGUUUGGACUGUGGGAAAAGUUUCACACAAAGAUCAAAUCUUAUGGCACAUAAGGCAAUCCACACUGGCGAGAGACCACAUAGGUGCUUAAUCUGUGAAAAAAGUUUCAUAUGGAGGUCAAACCUUGUUAAACAUCAAGGCGUCCACACUAGGGACAGACCCCAUAAGUGCUUAGACUGUGGAAAAAGUUUCAUACGGAGUUCAGCCCUACUUGAUCAUCGGGCAGUUCACACAGGAGAGAGACCUCAUAAGUGCUUAGACUGUGGGAAAAGUUUCAUACAGAAGUCAGACCUUGUUAGACAUCAAGCAGUCCACACCGGAGAGAGAUCCCAUAAGUGCUUAGACUGUGGAAAAAGUUUCAUACAGAGGUCAAACCUUCUUAAACAUCAGGCAAUCCACACAGGAGAGAAAUCGCAUAAAUGUUUGGACUGUGGGAAAAGUUUUGCACAAAGAUCAACUCUUAUGGCACAUAAAGCAAUCCACACUGGAGAGAGACCCCAUAAAUGCUUAAUCUGUGGGAAAAGUUUCAUACGGAGGUCAAAUCUUAUGGCACAUCAGGCAAUCCACACUGGAGAGAGAUCCCAUAAGUGCUUAGACUGUGGGAAAAGUUUCAUACAGAGGUCAACCCUUGUUAAACAUCAGAUAAUCCACACAGGA